CUUGUAGCAAAACUACUCUUUCAUAUAGUUUGAUACUAGCUUGUGUUUUGCUUGACUGUUAACUGAUUAGAAUCUACAAUAUAAUUGGAUGAGGAUCUUGUUCACUAAAAGGAAUAAUAACUUCAUUCUAACAUAACUUAUUCUAUUUAAGUUGUCUUCAUUCUUUCUUUGGUGUAAAUGGGAUUUAGCAGACAAGUGACCACUGUUGACACGAGAUUGGUGGAGCCCAAGAUGUUGGAUAAUCAAAAAAUGCAGUCCGGUACAAAAUUCGAGCCUUCGACUUCAAAAUUCAGACGUUGGGGCAGGAUAUCACCAUUCAUCAGAUAUGGUCUUCCUAUGAUCUCACUCACUGUUCUUGGUGCUCUUGGACUCGGCCAUCUACUACAGGGAAGCAAGGACAUAGCUAAAGUGAAGGAUGACCAAGAAUGGGAGAUUAUUGAGUCAAAAAAAGCUCUAUCCAGAAUGGGACCUGUUGACGCCUAUAAACCUAAAAAAAUUUCGCUGCAUGAAGAGCUUAAGGCUUUGCAAGAAAAGCUUGACGUAGAUAAUUAUGAAUACAAGAAAAUUCCGAGGCCCAAAGAGGGCAAAUGA